AGAGAUUCUUCUUUAGUUGGGAGCCAUCGUUUUGCUUAUGCCCUUUACUCUAUCCUACCCGCAUACUUAACAGACAGCAUCUGGGGGGGCCAGCUGGAGUACUACUUCUUGACUAGAGCUUAACAAUGACUACUGAUAAGAAACACCACUCAGAACAGGAAUCUCAGUCAUCAAAAACAAAAGAUGAUCCAAUCACCAUCUCAGAGCUCUUCAGUCUAGCACAGAGAAAGCUCCCCAAGCAAAUCUGGGACUUCUACGUCUCUGGAUCUGAUGAAGGGUACGCCGUUAGGAGAAAUAAUAAGGCUUAUGAUAAACUACUCAUCCGUCCCCGCGUUCUUCGAAAUGUAGCUACUGUCGACACGAGCACCGUGUUAUUCGGUUAUCGAUAUCCAUUCCCCGUGGGAAUUGCCCCGACCGCAAUGCAGAAGUUAAUUGGGGGAAAUGGAGAGCUUGAUAUGGCUCGCGCAGCGGCGAGGAUUGGGACGACUAUGAUUUUGUCGACGCAGUCGACGACGACUUUGGAAGAUGUUAUCCAGGCUCCUGUGGAGGAGAGUGCAGGUGGGCAGCAUCGUCCGGAGAAUUUCUGGUUCCAGAUCUAUGUCUCGGUGAAUAGGGAGAAGAGUGCAAGUUUGGUGAGAAGGGCUGAAGCUGCUGGAUACAAAGCCAUCGUCCUUACAGUCGACACCCCCAUUCUAGGGAACAGGAUCAAUGAGCGGAAAACACCUCUUGUUCUCCCCAGUCAUCUCCACCUCGCGAAUCUCGAAGAUCCGAAUGAUAAACCGAAAGUCCCCAGACCAACUAUGAAUCGACUCCUCAUGGACGCCCGCACUGCAGAAGACGCAUACAAACUCUCCCAGAAUAAUACCUCAUCGGCAACCAUGAACGACGCCAGUCUCACCUGGUCUGAAGCCAUGGACUGGCUCCGCUCUCAGACGUCUCUCAAGAUCAUCCUGAAGGGAAUCAUGACGGCCGAAGAUGCCCUCCUUGCCAUCGAGCAUGGGGCAGAUGCCAUCGUCGUCUCGAACCAUGGUGGUCGUCAGCUCGAUUCGGUAUCUUCGACUAUUGAAGCGUUACCUGAGGUUGUGGCCGCGGUUCGAGGUCGGGUUCCUGUUAUUCUGGACGGGGGUAUUCGGAGAGGUAGUGAUGUCUUUAAGGCCCUUGCGCUGGGUGCGGAUUUCACGCUCAUUGGCCGUCCGUCGCUCUGGGGGUUGAGCCAUUCUGGUCAGGGGGGCGUGGAGACGGUGUUGCAUAUUUUGGAGAGGGAGUUUUCUCGCACGAUGACGUUGGCAGGGGCGAGGAAGGUUGGUGAUAUUCGGAGGGGGAUGUUGGGGGUUGAGAAGAAGGAUGCGUUUGGGAUUUCCAGAUUGUGAGAUGGGAGUUGAUUUGAGUAGGGUAUAUAUAAGUGGUAGAUUUGAUCUUUGUUGGAUAUGAAGACAGUAAAUGCAUUUAUGUUUGAGA